UUUGAAGAAAGUGAUUGGCUUCUGUGGUGUCUGGUUAGGGAGUAGCAAGAUGGCAGAGGCGAUAGGAGUAAGGGAGAGGAGUUCGCGGUCACAAUGGAGAAGGUGGAGGGUGCGGGUUCCAGUGUUGCUGAUAGUCGCCUUGGUACAUUGGGACAUAGGAACGGCCGAUCAAACGGAGGAAUAUUUAAAGAGAGAGCACUCACUGAGCAAACCUUACCAAGGAGUAGGCUCCUCUACAUCGUCUCUAUGGGACCUUUUGGGAAAUUCACUUGUGACCCCACAGUAUGUGCGCUUAACCCCUGACUUACAAAGCAAGCAAGGGGCUGUCUGGAACCGUGUGCCUUGUUACUUGAGGGAUUGGGAGAUGCAAGUUCACUUUAAAAUCCAUGGACAGGGCAAGAAGAACCUAAAUGGGGAUGGCUUUGCCCUCUGGUAUACCAAGGACCGGAUGCAAGCAGGACCUGUCUUUGGCAGUAAAGAUAACUUUGUCGGUCUUGGGUUGUUUGUUGACACGUAUCCAAAUGAAGAGAAGCAGCAUGAGUCUCAGAGGAAAAGAUACUCUCCCUCGAUGCAGCGUGUAUUCCCUUACAUAUCUGCCAUGGUCAGCAAUGGCUCCAUUACAUAUGACCAUAGUCGGGAUGGACGUCCAACAGAACUUGGAGGGUGCACUGCCAUGGUGAGGAACCUCAACCACGAUACAUUCCUUGUCAUCCGCUACGUGAAACGUCGCCUUACGAUCAUGGUAGAUAUUGAUGGGAAGCAGGAGUGGAAGGAUUGCCUAGAUGUUCCCGGGGUGCGAUUACCCCGUGGAUAUUUCUUUGGUGCAUCUGCAGUCACAGGAGACUUGACAGACAACCAUGACCUCAUAUCCCUGAAGUUGUACCAGCUGAGUGUGGAACGUACGCCUGAAGAGGAGAAGAUGGACAAGGAAGUGUUCAUUCCCAGUGUGGACUACAUGAAGCUGCCUGGAGAAACCUCAACAGAGUCCAUGAGUGGUUUUGCAAUAUUUCUUAUUGUCUUCUUCUCGCUGCUCGGCCUGGUCUUUGCCGGAGUCAUCCUCCUCAUUGUGUACAGUAAAUGGCAAGAGAGGAACCGCAAGCAUUUCUACUGAAGAACCCAAAACGUCUUUUCGAACACAAAGAGUACCAAUCAGGACUUACACGCUGGUGCCCACUGCUAGAACAAACUGUGACCUCCAUAGACUGUGGAGCCUAAAUGCUCAUUAUACACAAUGCUGGAGAUUUUGCUUAGCUGCCUCCUUUAAAACGAUUGAGAUUUCUGUUUUAAACACUGGGAUUUUAUAAGCUGCUAUUGAAGAUUCACUUUUCAGUAGAUCUGUCCACUGGUGUGCUAAGUGUAGCUUUAUUUUUUGUUUUGUUUUUAAUUUCCUCCACUGGAAACAAUAUGAGCUUCACUACCCUCAGAAUUGAAUUACUUGCCUGCAAUCCAUUCCAUGUGAUAUCCAGCCUCAGCCAAAAUGUGAUUAUCUUCCUGUCACCAUUAUCUGCAGUUGAGUUGUUAGAUUUAUUUUUUUAAUUUUCUGCAUACUUUAAUGUGUCAAUUGAACAACAUAGGGGUCUGUUACACUAGGACAGUACAUGCGCCGUGUUCGCAGGGCAGAUUAUAUAAGAAUGUUACUUCAGUGGGGUACUACAUUUUCUGGAACCCAAUCAAUGCACCAGUAACAGUAGUUUUUAUUUUUCCAUGUAUGGGAGCUGAUUGUUAUAAGCACACAUUUGGCCCAGAUUUUAUUGAAAUCAUGUCUUUAAAAAUUCAAUGACGGCUUCCGAACAGCUAGGCUUAUCUAAAUCCGUUUAACCUUUGGUCAUGUUAAGAGAUUUGUUGUCAUUUAAGGGCAGAAAAUGUCCAGUUAACUGUAAGGGUGUAAAUUCAUGAUAAUUAAUCUGUGAAGCUGGACCGACAUUGUACCAUACCACUUUGCAUUUGUGUUACUUUCAUCCAGCACUUGUGCAGUAUAGUUUUUUUUUCCCAAUGAUCCCUUGAAACAAUCCAGGAUCAGUAUACUAACAUUAGAGUGAGGUGAGCAAUUAGAAUCACCAACAGAUUGGCACCACCCACUGUGAAUCUGACUUUUUGUCCUUUUUAAUAGCCAUAAAUCUGGGAAAUUAGCUAUGUCGGAACAAUUGAAAUUUUUGUGAAUUACUGUACACAGUCACUUUUCCAGGUUCUAUGGCUGUGUCAAACUUGUGCUGAGUCCAGUUAUUUACCAAGAGAAGUGAUUGGGCAAAAUCAUGCAUAUUUUAGCACUGCUUCUUUUCGGGGGUGUAAUUUCUGCCCAGAAUAAACCUAUUCUGCUCCUCUUAAGGGAGCCAUACACAGGUUGAUAAAAGCUGCCGCCAGAGUCAUUAAAUUAUUGGGUUGUGUAUGUUGUUACCAACACGCCAGCCUGACCAGUAGCUGCCCAAAAAUUGAAAAAACGUUCAAGACAAGGACAACAACUAUGUAUUGAUGCAGUCCUCAUCCCAUGGUCUUCCUUAGGCCAGCAAUCAAAUCUGGCCGAGCCCUGUCUGUAGUUAGGUCAAAUCAGGCCCAGAUCUGCUUGUUUGGUGACCUUGUUUAGUGUAAACUUCAUUUAUCCAGCAUUGUUUUAUUCUCUCUCUCAGGUGAAUUAAAUCAUAGUUCCCCCUAGAAGCACAAAGAAGCUGCUUCUGAUGACUCCCUUUUUAAUCUCUACAGAUGGUGUGAAUGGCCAUUUUAAUGCGGGUUGUCUUGCAUUACAGGAAUGUUCAUUUUUGUGUGAAAAUGAAAUUUUAAUAGGCAGAUGGUAUUUUAUAGACUGCAGUCCUAGAGCUGGGUUUUCUUAGCUGCAUGUGUAAAACUGUAAUUAAUGUGCGGUUAACAAAAAAAAAAAAUCAUUCUUUUUUUCACUGUAUGUGCCUGUGACAUUCUCAGAUGACAAAUCUUGCUUUACUA